UUAAUAAGUGACAGAGAGAACAUGUGAGUUCUGUAACACUGGUGGGUCCCUAUCUGAUUAUAUUCAUUCUUAAGUCAUCCAGAAAUCAGAAUCAGCUUGCUGCUUUUUCUAGGUAAACCCUAGUUUUUUAAAAAAGUAAACCAUGUGAAACUCUGCAAACUCCUAAUAUUUAAAUCCAAUAAAAUCUGUUGUAUCAUUAAAACAUAAUUUCGAAAUUUGAUUCCUUACCUAUAAAGAACUCUAUAUAUAACAACAUCAACUGAAACACAACUCCACCAAAAGGCAUCAAUCUUUCUCUGAUUUCAUAAAACAGAGUAUCCUUGUAGAUUAUUUAUAAAACUUCUUGCUUUUAAAGAUGGCGAUUAGAUUGUCGCGUGUUAUCAACUCUAAACAGUCCCAAAAACAGCAAUCUCGAGUCCCAAAAGGACAUGUUGCGGUUUAUGUAGGAGAAGAGAUGGAGAACAAGAAGAGGUUCGUGGUUCCGAUUUCGUAUUUGAACCACCCUUCGUUUCAAGGUUUGCUUAGUCGAGCAGAGGAAGAGUUUGGUUUCAAUCAUCCAAUUGGUGGAUUAACGAUUCCAUGCAGAGAAGAAACAUUUGUUGGUCUCUUGAAUUCUUAUGGUUGUAUUGUUUCAACUUGAGUCUUGAGACACGUUUUUUGGGGAAGCCCCAAGUUUUUUUCUUUCUAUAGAAUUACUUUUUUUUUGGUUGUUCCCUUUGUUUAUUUCUGCAAAGGAGAACAUAUUGAAUCAACAUGUAAAUAUGUAUUUCCAGAAAACUUUGAUGAAAAAACAUUUUCAUGUUUUCGAAGAUUUAUAUAUAAAAUCAUCGGAAUAUUCAUAGCUU